AUGCCAUCGCUGGCAGAGCGCCUCGGCGCAGGCAGUGCCGAAUCUUCUCCUGCAGCUGCACCGGCGGCAGACACGCACGACAGCCUCGACAGAGAGCAGCAGCUGCGCGCACGUCUGCUUGCAUCCAAACGAGCGCCUCGCGCAGCCAACGACGACCAUGAGGAGCCACUUCAGCGCAGUUCACGUGCACGCUCCCGCUCCCGCUCUUCCUCUCCACUUCAGCACGACCGGAGAGACAGAUCCAGCCGCAGCCCCGUACGCCAGAGACGUGCAUCACCCUCCUACGACGCUGAACCUUCGUCGUCCAGCAUGCCGCCUCCGCCACCGCGGCCGUUCACGCAUCCGGAACGACGGGCCCCUCGACCCCAUCACGACCGAUGGGUGCCGCCGCCGCGUCCGGACGGGGGAAGUGCGCGAGGGCGCGAAGACGGCGACCGCUCCGACUCCCGCAACGGCGGCGGCUGGGGCGGCUCGCGUGGCGGUCGAUACUUUGACGCUGGCAGUGACGACAGGCAGGGUGGCGAUCGCAAUGGCUCGUCCGAGUAUGGUGCAGCGCAGUGGAAGCGUCUUCCGCGCGAUCCGUAUGCCUCGGCGGGCAGCCACAGCAACGGCGGUGGUGACGGCAGCUUCUUCGCCUCGCGCAACGAGCAGCGCAAGAACUCGAAUGUCUCCAUCUGGCCGCCCAGCCCACCGCAUCCUACGCUCGAUAGCGACGAGGAGCGCGAGGAGCGCAAGCGCAAGCGCAAGCACGAGAGCUCCUCGAGGCGACAUCGCGACUCGGAUAGGGACAGGCAUCGGAGCGACGGGAAGCGCAGCGACAGGCACUCGUCGUCGCGUAGCCAUCGACACCACUCGGAGCGCGAUCGACACCGCUCCUCGCGCUCGUCCCGGUCGCGCCGUGACGACCGCGACGACGAUCGGCACGCACGAUCCAAGCGCAGCUCCAGGGCGUCGAGUGCGUCCGAGUCCGGCUCCGAGUCCGACGCAUCGCGCACGCACCGUCGUCACUCGUCCAAACGGCGCGACUCUCACCGUCACCGCUCACACCGCCGCUCGCGCUCAGCCUCGGCUGCUGGCCACUCGGACUCUGCUCCGCGCCCGGACGCUGGUGACCGACGCGGCUCAGUGAGCUCAGUGAGCUCGGCGAGCUCGGACGAGGUUGGACCUAAGCUGCCUUCGACAGGUGCGGACGGGAAGCCGAUUGAUCCGCGCGCGUACGGAGGCGCCUUGCUACCCGGCGAGGGGUCUGCGAUGGCGUCGUUUGUCCAGGACGGCAAGCGAAUCCCGCGGCGCGGCGAGAUCGGGCUGUCGUCGGACCAGAUCGAGGCGUACGAGAAGGCCGGCUACGUCAUGAGCGGCAGUCGACACCACCGCAUGAACGCCGUGCGCAUGCGCAAGGAGAACCAGGUGAUCAGUGCCGAAGAAAAGCGAUCCAUGCUCAGGCUCCAGGCCGAGGAAAAGGCCAAGAAGGAACGCGAGAUCGUCAGCCAGUUCAAGGAACUCGUCGACACGCUCCAGCCCGGUACCGAGUAA